AUGAAAACUGCUAAAUCAUCGGGCUAUGACAAAAUUUCUGUGAAACUAUUGCAGGUCGCUGGGGGUGCAAUCGUUGUGCCACUAACGUAUAUAUUUAACCAAUCUCUUAAGACUGGAAUUUUUCCAGAUGACUGGAAAAUUGCUAAAGUAACACCUAUCCACAAAUCAGAAGAAAAAACCCUAUGCGGUAAUUAUAGGCCGAUUUCUGUCAUUUCUAUAGUUCCCAAAGUAUUUGAGAAAGUUGUACAUGAACAAUUAAUGAAAUAUUUGGAACACCACCAAAUAAUUUCCAAAUUUCAGUCCGGAUUUCGUGUAAAUCAUUCAACUGAAACAUCAUUACUACAUGUAACUAAUAGCUGGUUAGCAAACAUGGACGCUGGUUUGAUUAAUGGUGUCCUAUUUUUGGACCUUAAAAAGGCCUUUGACACGGUAAACCAUAAGAUUCUAUUAUCCAAAUUGGGAUUUUAUGGAAUUCGUGGAUUAGCACUGUCAUGGUUUCAAUCAUAUCUUAGUAACAGGAAACAAAUUUGCAAAGUAAAUAACUCGCUAUCAACCUUCCAAAAUAUUACAUGCGGCAUCCCACAAGGAUCUAACCUUGGGCCACUUCUGUUUACAAUUUAUAUAAAUGAUCUGCCAAAUAGUUUAGAAAUAACUGAACCCGCCAUGUUUGCUGAUGAUACAAGCUUAACUGCAACUGGGGAGUCUUCUUUUGAAAUUGAAUACAAAUUGGGGGGGGAAAUCCAAAACGUUAAGACUUGGUUAGAUGCAAACAAAUUAACAUUAAAUGAAGAAAAAACCGAGUAUAUGCUAAUCGGCUCAGGAAAGCGCUUAAAACAGAUCAGAAAUGACCCUAUUAUUAAAAUUAGAGAUCAUAUAAUUAAACGGGUUUACAAGAAAAAGGUCUUAGGCUUAGAAAUAGACGAUAAAUUACAAUGGACAAAACAUGUUGAAAAACAAACUAAAAAGAUUUCUUGUUCUAUAGCUAUGUUACGAAAAGUGAAGCCUUACGUACCUCAAGCAACACUACAGAUGAUGUAUAAGUCAUUUGUACUCCCCUAUUUCAACUAUUAGUCCAUGGGAUUCGCAACAAAUAAGUCGUUUUGAGUCUCUCAAAAAGGGACCAAAAAUCGUUGCAAUUUUAAUAACAUUUAUUGUAUGGAGAGUUCGAAAAAAGCAGGUAACAAGUUCGGGUACCCGGCUAUCAUGUCGUAUCAUGACAUUUUAAAUGCAAUGUAUUGCUAAGUGACAAGAUUAAUACAUUAUAAGGUUUGAAAACGGAACUAGUUAAAUAUUUAUUAUCCUUUAUUUUUCCAAGCCCGUGUCUCAUUGCUUUGACAUGAACCUUUUAAAAAUAUCUCUCGGGAAACUAUGUAUCGAAAUACGAAUGGUUAACCGUAACGUCUUUGGGGUGAUUUCACCUUGUUAAAAUUGUGUAAAGUACUUGUCUGCUUUCACUAACGUUCAAAACGAUGUUUAAAAAUGAAUUGAAUAUAACCACACUUAUUUGCUUUUUACUUUUUUACUCUAUUUUACAAAAUAUGGCAAAAACUAGUCUUUUUAUAGGCUAUUUUUAUACUCCUACAAACACGGGAGCCUAGGUCUUAAUAGCUAAAUAACCUGGUCAGCGGCUUGGUCAGACAGAACUAAUUUAUUAUAAACUUAAAUAGUAACAAAGAAGUAAAAAGUAAACAAAGUGUGUUGAUAAAAUAAAGAUAUUUUAUACUAUAUACGGUGUGAAUUCUACAUUGGUAUUUACUUCAUCAUUAUGACGACUCUGUCAAUAUUAUGUUAAUGUAUGCGAAAAAACUAGAACUGCACGUGACGUCAUAUCUAGGUCACGCCAUCUUUUAUAUAUUGCUUUUAACACGUGGUUUUACUGUUUACGUUGUUGUUACGAAAUGUAGAUCAUAAACUCAAAUAUCCGUGGUCCGACUGAAUGAUAUUCAAUAAUACUAACAGACUCCUUCUUCAGCAAGCAACUCGAACAAAACUCCGCCACCUACGGCCGCUACGAACGUCGUAGCUACGAACGCGGUGGCAGUUAAAAUUCCGCCAUUUUGGCCUUCCGACCCAGAGCUCUGGUUUGCACAAGUCAAAGCGCAAUUUUCGGUGAAGAAUAUGAUAUCACAAGGUACCAAAUUCGCUCAUGUCGUCGCGGCUUCAUUGACCAAAGUUGCCACUGAGGUUCGCGACCUGAUCCUUACGCCUCCUCCUACGAAUCCGUUCGAUGUACUUAAAGCUACACUCACCGAGCGAGUGUCCCUUUCCAAGCGUCGAAAGAUCCAACAACUCUUACAGGCUGAAGAGUUAGGGGACCCAAAAUCAUCGCAACUGCUCCGACGCUUUCAAUAAUUACAUGGUACAUCCGGCAAAAAGCUUCUUCGUGAGCUUUUCCUACAGCGCCUGCCUUCGAAUGUCCAGAUUGAUUUGUUAUCAUAUCCAGACAAACCGUUGGCUGACUUAUAGCAUUGAUGGCUGAUGGAAAGAUAGAGCUAACCGAUGCUCGCCCAUCCAUUGCCCAGAUUGAAACACCCGAGUCAGCAGAAAUCUCAUCAAUCAGAUCUGAUCUCAAUAAAGUUCUCAAGCUUCUUGACACUGGAGCACGGAAACUUGCUGCUGAUCCCAAGUUGGUCAAGGAAGGUCUGUGUUGGUAUCACACCCCAUUUGGUACACAGGCUUCAAAAUGUCGUCAACCCUGUACUAUACCGCGCCGGGAAACGACAAGCCCGAUCACCAGUAGAGGCGCACGUGACUUGGGCUUGCUCAAGCCACCUGUUGUAUGUGACGGACAAACAUUCAAAAACUCGGUUUCUAAUUGAUACAGGUGCCGAGGUCAGUGUUUUCCCAGCUACGCAACAUGACAAGCGGUAUUGCAGAAAGGGGGUUUCUCUGACCGCGGCUAAGAAUUCGACAAUUCAUACCUAUAGCAAGCGUGAACUUUGCCUGGACCUUGGUUUUCACGGGCAGCUGAAGUGUUCUUUUCUCAUUGCAGAAGUGAACCAACCAAUUUUAGGUGCUUCCUGCGGUAUAUUCGGGUAUUGGUUGAUGUUGCCAACUCUUGUCCCGUAGAAGCAGCAACAUCAAUGAUUGUACUUGCACAGACCUCACCAUUCCGUUCUCUCAAUCGCAUAUCGCUAGCUAAACCCACCAAUGGGUUUGAUACCAUUUUUGCUGAGUUUCCGGUAGUCUGUAAACUCUGCAUCACCGAUCCAGCUGUUAAGCACAAUGUUCAGCACCAUAUUAUCGCGGCUGGACCGCCCACUUUUGCGAAGGCUGGACCCCUUUCUCCUGAAAAAUCCGCAGCUGCAAAAACCGAGUUUGACCAGAUGCUGUCUUCUCACACGGUGUGCAAGUCAUCAAAUAACUGGGCAUCCCCACUUCAUAUGGUCCCAAAGUCGAACGGUGACUGGCGCCCCUGUGGUGACUAUCGAGCUCCCAAUGCAGCCACUAAACCAGACCCUGUGCCUCACGUUCAGGAUUUUUCUGCUCGCCUUGCUGGUUGUAAAAUCUUAUCCAAGAUUGACCUGGUUCGUGCAUACCAUCAACUUCCUGUUGCUCCUGAGGAUGUCUCUAAAACAGCAGUCAUUACACAAUUCUGCCUUCUUGAGUUCAAACGUAUGCCAUAUGGACUGCGCAAUGCGGCCCAGACAUUCCAACGAUUCAUGGAUGAAGUCUGCCGUGACCUGGAAUUUGUGUUUGUAUUCAUUAACGACAUCCUGGUUUACAGCACCACGCCCGAUCAACAUCGCCACCAUUAGCGCCAGCUUUUUCGGCGACUGGAGCAUUACGGCUUAGUCAUUAAUCCUAAGAAGUGUGAGCUUGGCCGUUCACAGUUAUCAUUCUUAGGUCAUCAUGUCAGUGCCCAAGGGAUUUCCCCUCUUUCAUCCCACAUCCAAGCUGUUGCAGAAUUUCCUCAAACUGUUGACAAGAAGAAGUUUCACAGGCUACAUCCUCUGCACAAACUAUUAUCCUCUACCAAUUUUAUUUGGUCUCCAGAAUGCGAGGAGGCAUUCCAGUACUGUAAAUCCGCCCUAGCUAGUGCAACACUGUUGGUUCAUCCGCAUUAUAAUGCACCAACCAGUAUAACAUCUAAUGCCUCAGAUCGUGUGUUCCACGUGUACACUGAUCACAAACCAUUGACUUUUGCAAUCUCAAGUGGGUCAACCUAACGCUCACUGCGGCAAAUCCGGCAGUUGGCUUUUAUUUCUGAGUUUACCACCGACCUGCGACACAUCAAGGGUAAGAAUAACGCAGUGGCAGACGCGUCUUCCAGAAUCCAAAUCAAUGCCACCUCCUAUACCAAAAUUGACUUUCUGGCAAUGGCUCAAGCACAAGCUGAUGAUCAUGAAACCCAGUGCCAGAAAGCUGGCAUAACAAAUUUAAAGUUAGUGGAUGUUUUCCUUGAUGGCGAUGACAACCUUACACUUCUCUGCGACUCAUCUCAGGGUAAUAUUCUACCAAUAGUCCUAGAGUCUUUUCGUCGCGAGAUAUUGAAUCUGAUGCAUAAUUUUUCCAUCCAGGCGCUAGAUCCACCUGUAAGCUCGUCAGCGCUCGGUUCGUGUGGAACGGUCUCAAUCGUGAUGUUCGACGGUGGAUUCGAACUUGCAAUGCUUGCCAGCAAUCUAAAAUUCAUCGUCAUACUACAGCGCCGCUCCAGAAGUUCGAUAUCCCAGAUCAUCGUUUCGCUGAGAUUUAGGUUGACAUUGUCGGCCCACUUCCGCUGUCUCGAGGGUUUACCUAUCUGUUCACAUGCAUUUAUCGCUACUCUCGGUGGAUUGAGGCUAUUCCGAUGGUCGACAUGACAGCGGAAAGCUGUGCACGUGCUCUGUUACAUGGUUGGAAAUCACGGUUUGGCCUGCCCAGGAGCAUAAUGUCGGAUCGUGGCCGGCAAUUUGAAUCCAAACUCUGGUCAUCUCUCAUUUCUCUUCUCGGAAUACAAUGCACCAGCAACGUCCUGUUCCCCCACAAAACUACGGUUUGCCUCCAUCUUAUAUACCGGCGUGCAUUACAACAAGCUACACAUGUUUACGUUAGGCACGAUGCAGUCAAAAGUGCGUUCCAACGACCCUACGACGGCCCAUUCCUAGUCAUCCAACGCACUGACAAGUUCUUUACGCUCAACACGAAUGGGUGCCGUGAUACAGUCUCUAUCAACAGGCUCAAGCCAGCAUUCCUUGAGAAAAGGAACGACCCACCGCUCAAGCCAACCACACAUCCCAUGACACCUGUUUCUCCCGAUGCAAUUGAACCACUCUUGCCAACGGUACUGCCAACACCAUCUUUAACGACACGUUCUGGCCGUACGGUACGCUUACCAAGACGUUACCGCACUGGGAGGGGGGGGGGGGUGCCUUGUAAGGGAAAAAAUAUAACCUGGUCAGCGGCUUGGUCAGACAACUAAUUUAUGAUAAACAUCAUGUUAGAACCAUAUUAGGUCUCUCGAUCGAACGAAAAAUAUUUGUAGAUAGUAAACAAAGUGUGUUGAUAAAAUAAAGAUAUUUUAUACUAUAUACAGUGUGAAUUCUACACUCGAUUUUCCGCUUAUUGUGUCUUAGUUACCUUAAUUAAAAAAAUUCAAUCUUAAAUACACAAAAAACAAGCUAUCUGAUUGAUCUAAAUUUAAUAAAACUUGGGCUGAGUAAAGAAAAAUUCGAGUAGGCAUUGAAUUAUUGAUAUUUUAGGGGUUUUUGUGCCAAAACUUUGUUUUCACCAUUCAUGGAGUGUAAAAUAUAUCUUCUAUCAUAAUCGCGAGUCGUUCUAGUGCUUUUAAACUAUAAUUGAAGUUGUUUGAGGAAUUAGUAAAAAAAAAUUAUCAUUCAAAGAUCGUGAUAUGAGCAUUUCUUGGCUCACAUGUCUUAGCUAAUAAGCGAAAUCACACAUUGGGUUAUUUUUAUCAAAAAGCCGGGUAUUUGGACUUGUUACCUGCCAGUUUCGCGUAACAUAGGCCUUGAUAGGACGAUUUAAUUUGGUUUUGUUUGGUCCCUCUUUGUGAGACUCACUUGUUGUGAAUCCCAUGGUGUAUUAUGUUUAUUUUAGAUUGAACAACCAUCAGACAAAGAAGUCUCUCCUGAGGUAAGCAUGCACGUUUACGUGAACGAGGUUUUAACAAAAUGAUAGUUUAAGAUUUAUGAAGAAUUACCUCAAUUACAAAAAAUUGAAUUACUGAGGUAUUACAUAUAUAUAUAUAUAUAUAUAUAUAUUUCGUAACGUUUUUAUGAAGAAGGGCAUGUCAUAUAAACAGAUUCGUUUAUAUUAAUUCAGCAUCAAACCAUACUGGUUCUGAAAGUGUUCUAAAGGGCAUCUCGUUUCAUUUUGAAUCAAAUUCUGGAUUAUUGUGCAUCGUGUUAUGUUUAUUUUAGAUCGAACAACCAUUAGACGAAGAAGACUCUCCUGAGGUAAGCAUGCACAUUUACGUGAACGAGGUUUUAACAAAAUGAUAGUUUUAGAUUUAUGAAGAAUUACCUCAAUUACAAAAAAUUGAAUUACUGAGGUAUUACAAUAUAUAUAUAUAUAUAUAUAUAUAUAUAUAUAUAUAUAUAUAUAUUGUAACGUUUUUAUGAAGAAGGGCAUGUCAUAUAAACAGAUUCGUUUAUGUUAAUUCAGCAUCAAAUCAUACUGGUUCUGAAAGUGUUCUAAAGGGCAUCUCCUUUCAUUUUGAAUCAAAUUCUGGAUUAUAGUGCAUCGUGUUAUGUUUAUUUUAGAUUGAACAACCAUCAGACAAAGAAGUCUCUCCUGAGGUAAGCAUGCACGUUUACGUGAACGAGGUUUUAACAAAAUGAUAGUUUAAGAUUUAUGAAGAAUUACCUCAAUUACAAAAAAUUGAAUUACUGAGGUAUUACAUAUAUAUAUAUAUAUAUAUAUAUAUAUUUCGUAACGUUUUUAUGAAGAAGGCAUGUCAUAUAAACAGAUUCGUUUAUAUUAAUUCAGCAUCAAACCAUACUGGUUCUGAAAGUGUUCUAAAGGGCAUCUCGUUUCAUUUUGAAUCAAAUUCUGGAUUAUUGUGCAUCGUGUUAUGUUUAUUUUAGAUUGAACAACCAUCAGACAAAGAAGUCUCUCCUGAGGUAAGCAUGCACGUUUAUGUGAACGAGGUUUUAACAAAAUGAUAGUUUAAGAUUUAUGAAGAAUUACCUCAAUUACAAAAAAUUGAAUUACUGAGGUAUUACAAUAUAUAUAUAUAUAUAUAUAUAUAUAUAUUUCGUAACGUUUUUAUGAAGAAGGCAUGUCAUAUAAACAGAUUCGUUUAUAUUAAUUCAGCAUCAAACCAUACUGGUUCUGAAAGUGUUCUAAAGGGCAUCUCGUUUCAUUUUGAAUCAAAUUCUCGAUUAUUGUGCAUCGUGUUAUGUUUAUUUUAGAUUGAACAACCAUCAGACAAAGAAGUCUCUCCUGAGGUAAGCAUGCACGUUUACGUGAACGAGGUUUUAACAAAAUGAUAGUUUAAGAUUUAUGAAGAAUUACCUCAAUUACAAAAAAUUGAAUUACCGAGGUAUUACAAUAUAUAUAUAUAUAUAUAUAUAUAUAUAUAUAUUUCGUAACGUUUUUAUGAAGAAGGGCAUGUCAUAUAAACAGAUUCGUUUAUAUUAAUUCAGCAUCAAACCAUACUGGUUCUGAAAGUGUUCUAAAGGGCAUCUCGUUUCAUUUUGAAUCAAAUUCUCGAUUAUUGUGCAUCGUGUUAUGUUUAUUUUAGAUUGAACAACCAUCAGACAAAGAAGUCUCUCCUGAGGUAAGCAUGCACGUUUACGUGAACGAGGUUUUAACAAAAUGAUAGUUUAAGAUUUAUGAAGAAUUACCUCAAUUACAAAAAAUUGUAUCCACUAGAACUGUCAUGUGACAAACCUAUCGAACUUGAACGUGGAAAAG